AUGUCCUCUCCUCUCCGGUCCUGUGAGGAAGACAAGGGCAUGUUGGUUAAUUCCAAGGGAGGAGAUUUUGAUGAAGAAGAGGACGACGGAGAUCUAGACGAGAACGCAAGCGACAUAAACUCGCCGGCGGCGCCUCGAGAAACUGCAACACUAGCCGCGCCAGGUAGGCUAUAGUAGGCUACAGGAGACAGACACUGGCGAAAGACUCGGGAGCGCGCACACAAAAUAGAAACACAUACUCCAAAUUGUGAAAAAAGUAAGCCAGGACACAUUGUGCCGCUCAUCUCAAUAGUUAUCUGUUGCUACAAUAUCAUUAGUUGCGCGCCCGUUGCUCCAGAGGAGAGCGCAGCUUUGAAAUAGAAAGAGUUGAGGAUUCCAACUUCGAAACCAAUUUGAGACCGCCCUUUUCGUUUUAUCCCAUAUAUAUUGCCUACAAUUAACAAAGUUCAUCCUCCUCGACUUUCUUUUCAUCCGUAGAAUGGUGCCACAUUCAUAAAUAUAAAUAAUAUCUCAAUAUGAAUAGGUCGACGUGAAGGGUAAAGCUCACGACAUCACUGUUAGAAAACAUGGACUCCCCAGCAAUACGCUUUCUGAUAGUGAUCUUUAGAAUAGUGAUGUGAUGUGUUGCGGAGGCGUAAGCAUUAAAACCGGAUGAUGGAGUGAGUGCUGGUAUGACAGCGUGUAAAUAAACUUGACCCUACCCACUGACUGUCUCCACACUGACAGGGACGGUUAAUGAUAGGACACUGACACUCUACUCAAGUUCUGAAUAGAACCGUUAUGUGUCGCCUAGAGGGCCUUUGUUUUCCCUCUCUUUUCGUUGUCAUAGCAGACGAACAAAUAUUUAACAAGUAGGCCUGUAAUAAACAUAAUAAAUAUAUGGUAAAGCCACAUAAAAGAAAGGACUUGCCCACAACAAUGUAAUGUGCAAAACACUAUCAACAGACAGCUUUUUUCUCUCCAAAUAAUUAUAUUUUUAAGGGACUAUGAUCAGGCCUACCUGGUUCCUGCACACCAAAUAACAUGUUUGCAUUAUUUUACAGUUAAUUCGAAUUAGCCUAAUUAAAUUAAAUGCAUUUGCAUGUAGCCUAUUCAAUAGUGGCAUUCGAUAGGCUAUUGCAUAUCAUGAUUUUGGGAUAUUCAACAAGGGCCCUUUUAGCAUCACUGAAUUUGUAGCCUGUGUUGCUUGUCUCGAGACAGACAAGCGCGCGAAUCAAUUAGUACGCUUCCCGCCGUGGCCCUUAACCCCCCAGCGACCUCCGCCAGCGGUUGUUGCUCUUGUGGUCUGGACCCAGGUUUGGGAAUUAACGGGAAGUAGCCUAGGGUAGGGAGUCGUUUCAGUCACAGAUUAUCCAUUAUAUUAACUAGAUACUCAAGUCGCCGCUCUAACAAUAAAAAUACAUGUCAAAAAAAUGGAAGGCAGUCGGGAGGAGCCAAGAUCAGAUGGGACCAUUUUAUCCAAUGAGAGGGCAGAUACGCGUGUGAACAAGCGGCACAACUCCGAUAUAAAGUGUUUUUUUUCUCAAAGUUGCCGGGAUGUCACGUGUCCUACUUAUAUCAGUACACUAGUAGCAACCUAAGCAUUACGAAACGUAUAUUCGAUCAAAUAAGCCACACGUAACAAAUAAGCCUUUAUAUAAAAGAAGAUUAACCAAAUUCGACACUCAUUGAUCUCCAUACAAAAACCUCUUGCUUGGACAGCGAAAAAAAACGAAAAACCGCCACCUGCUGGAGAAGCCAGAUUUUGGGCCCAGUUAUCCCUCUCGCUUCGCCUCUUCGUCUCUGUUUCAGUUCAUCAGAUAUAGACAGACUGGCUUGCGGCCUCAGAAUCACCGAGCUCCGCGUGCGUGCUGCUGCCGCCUCUGGCUGCACUCUGCAGCAGACAUAUGCGGAGACGUUGUUUGUGCGCGCGCUGCGUGUUGUAACCCUACUCUAGGUGCCCAACAAAGACAGACAAUAAAAACGAACUAAUUUAUACCAAGUGCAUGGUGGCCGCAAGCGAUAGUUCUUGGUGAUGUUUUUCCCCCUUUUCUCCACCUUCCUGACAAUACAUAGGCUUAUCUCUCUCUCACGCUGAAAGAGGCUGCUGUCUCUCUCUUUGCCCAGUGAAAAACUUGAAUAAAGUGUUGAAAGACUCAUUUGGGAAGCCCUUGAAUACUGGCUAACUGAUCCUCGAAACGUUCAGUGAUGUUGUCUUCUAAAUAAAGCUAUGCCAUGUUUGAUUGGUUUCUAUUUCCCCAAUUUUUGAUCGCAGGACAAAUAUAUUGCAAUGGAUGUACAUUUUUUAUAUGCCUUACUUUAAUGACUCAGCCUCAGUUUUCAAAUACCACCAUGAAUACUAUUAUUGUGUUUUAUACAACACUCAUUGACAUAUAAUGUAAUAGUAAUAAUAAUAAUGCCAGUUAUGGCUUUGCUUUUCAUUGAACUGAUACCAAGCAGCUGUCAAACACACUGACUGGGACUAAUUGAGUGUUUGUCAGAAUUCAGUCAAGGUAGAAAGACAUGUUAAGACACUAUAGUCCCUCCCAUAUGACACACAUGGUGUCAAUGCACACAUCACAGCGGGCUGGUGAGAUGCUUUUGUUGUGCUUAAUUGUGUUCAGGAGAGAUUAGAUAGAUGAUUCAAAGCCUUCAAAGAGGAUUAUAGUCAAUAUGAUUUAGUCACAACUCGCUCUCUUUCCAUUCAUCCCCAUCUCCUGUCUUCAACCCCGCCAUAGAGGAAGAAGGGGAGGCAUCGGACAGGGACAGUCUAGCGAGGAAGAAACGAGGGCCAAAGAAGAAGAAGGAGACAAAGAAGAGGGAGAAGGAGAAAGAGAAAGAAGGAAAACUCUCCAAAGCUAAAAAACGGACAAAGAUUGUAAGCUUCUCAGACAUUACAAUAUCACGCCAUCUAUUGCCAUACAUUCUGAUGACACUUCAUUCUAUUUUCAUUGCUUGAUUGAAGUCAUUUGUCUAAAUAGCUGUGGCAUUACGUAUUGAUUUUGCAUCCUCUCCCUCGACCUCUCUUUUAUUUUCUCUCACUUUCCCUCUCUCCCCUUCUCUUCUCCUCUCCCCUCUCAGGACAGUGAUGUAGAGAGAGACUCGGAGAGAGAGAGAGACUAUGGCGAGAACUCCGACAGUGCAGCCAGCGACUUCGUUGGUGAGAAAAAGAAGAAGAAGAAACACAAGGAGAAGAAGGAGAAAAAAAACCAAAAGAUGAAAAAAGACAACGGGGACAGCACGCAAGAGGAGACAACAAAGGUAAGGACACAACAAAAAAGUGUUGUCAUUGUUUUGCUUCUACUUGGCCUCACUCUGAUGGCUCUAGUCUAGCUCUCUGAUUGGUUGUUUCUUUCCACCAGCCAAUAGAACAGAAGACGUCGGCCCAGCUGGCUAAAGACUGGGGUCUGGAGGAUGUGGAUCAUACCUUCACUGAAGACGACUACCGCACACUCACCAACUACAAAGCCUUCAGCCAGUCCAUGAGGUACUGUGAUGAUGUGACGCAGAUGACUCUAUUUAACUUGAAAUCAGACAGGGCCGGUGGCAGAAUGUUUAGCCUAGAAACAUGUAGCUUAUUGCGUCUUGUUCUCAGUCAAAGGGGACAAUUUACUGAGUUAUUGAUUGAGAUUAGAUUCAUAACAUACUCAUUUAGCUUCCCCCUCUCCCUCUCCCCCUCCUCCUCCUCUUCCUCAUCUUCCUCCUCCCCCUCGCAGGCCCAUGAUCGCCAAGAAGAACCCUAAGAUCCCCAUGUCUAAGAUGAUGACUAUCCUGGGGGUCAAGUGGAGGGAGUUCAGCUCCAACAAUCCCUUCAAGGGCUCUGGUGCUGCAGCCGUGGCAGCUGCAGCCGCAGCCGCCGCCAUUGCCGUCGCCGAGCAGGUCUCCGCGGCAACCCCAUCCCCGGAGCCCCCUCCGCCCAGGAAGCAGCCCCAACCCCCCCGGCCGGCCCCCCAGCCGCCACCCCGCCGCUCCCUCUCCGCAAGGCCAAGACCAAAGAAGGCAAAGGUCAGAAGAUUUUGCUGCGAAGAGACAGAAUCAUUAGAUCAUUUGUUUUGGUACUGUCCAUUUGUAGCUUGUUUUUGGACACAGGUCCAGGAAUGGCUAAAGGAUUGCAAUAUUUACCUGGAGCUAACCCUGCAGAUAGCACUACUGGGUGAUCUGAAAAGUCAUAGUCAAUCGAUCAAUAAUAUAAUAAUACUUUUAGCAAAAAUGUUUAUUUUUAAUUUACGAUCUGUAGAAACAAUGAAAAUAGAAAGGUUCAGAACUUUUGUAAAACAUCACAGUACAGUUGAAAAAUAUAUGGCAAAUAGAAAUCCAAUAUGGAUGGUGUUAAGAGAUAGAUGGGAGGUGUUGAAUGGAGCUGAAGGAUGGGACUAAUAACAACAACUAAUAACAACAAGAUAACUAAUGUAAAGCAUACUGUGUCCAUAAUAAGUAUAUAGGUUAUAGGUUGAGAGCUUUUGUGAAAGAGCACAGUUAGAAAAAUAUGGCAUAUAGAAGCAAACCAGAUGGACAUCAUGAAAAUGAUCGGAGGUUCAGGAGUAAAAACAAACAAAAUAGAAUUAUUGUAGAAUUUGACUGUGUCCAUAAAAUGUAUAUAGUAUGUAUGGGCUGGAAGUAGAGGCCUGAGCGUUGUUGUUCACUAGUUUACUCCAAUUGGGGAAGGGGUGGUGGGGUUGGAAAGUAAUGAAGGGAAAUAUAAUUUAAAAAAGGAUAUGUGUGUGUGUAUGGAUGUAUGUAUAUAUGUAUGUAUGUAUAUAUAUGUGUGUGUGUGUGUGUGUGUAUGUAUGUGUAUAUGUGUAUGUGUAUGUGUGUAUAUAUAUGUAUAUAUGUAUGUAUAUAUAUAUAUUUGCGAGAAAAAAAACAUUUGGGGGAUUGGAAGUGAUGCAGACAAUUACAUUGAUGGAAGUUACAAUCUAUCUGAAAUAUUAAAGGUCAGAAGAUGAGGAGGGUGGAGGCGUCUGUUGUAAUAGUAUGUGUACAGUAGCAGGGUUUGAAUUGGAACCAUUUACCCCCAUCCUCUCCCUGUUUGUCAGGCCCUGGAUAUAAGAAGAGUCGCAGUAAGAGUCCUCGUGUUCUGGCUGAAAGGAAGAAGGCGGUGGCCGCGGCAGCAGCAGCAAAGGCCAAGAAGAUGGCUCCCAUACGCAUCAAACUGGGGGUGCUAGGCAACAAGAGGAAGAAGAGCAGCUCUGUGAGUUUAACUAUGCUAUGUACUCUAUAUGGGUUUAUAGAUGUGCUGUGUAGGCUACUGUCUGUGGGAGCAUGCAGGUAUGUGAGCGUCGAGAGAUCUGACUGUGUUUCUCUCUCUCGCUCUCUCUCUCCCUCCCUCCCUCCCUCACUUCCGCUCAGAGUGGUGAUGAUGUUGAUGAGGAGGAGGAUUCGGAGCAGGAGGACUCCAGUGUCCACAGCUCCUCGGUCCGCUCCGACAGCUCGCCCCGCGUCAAGAAGAACAAGAGAGGACGGCCCGCCAAGAAGAAGAAGAAAAGUAAACUCUCUAUUCUAAUCUGGUGUCUCUCAAUCUCUCCCUCUUUCUCUUUCUCACUCUUCUCUAGCUCUCUCUCUCUCUUUCUCUCGUCCUCUCUCUCCCGGGUCUCUCUCUCUCUCUGCCACAUCUCGUUCCCUCACUACACUCUUAGAAAAAAAGGUGCUAUCUAGAACCUUAAAGGGUUCUUCGUCUGUCCCUAUAGGAGAACCCUUUGAAGAACCCUUUAUGGUUCCAGGUAGAACCCUUUUGAGUUCCAAGUAGAGCUCUUUACACAGAGGGUUCUUCAUGGAACCCAAAAGAGUUCGACCUGGAACUAAAAAGGGUUCUCCUAUGUAUGGGGACAGCCGAAGAACACUUUUGGAACCCUUUUUUCUAAGAGUGUACCUUGCGUCUCUCUCCCUCUUAUCUUUCUCUCCCUAAAUGUGUAUAUUCUCUCUAUGUUCUCUAUUUCUCCACCACAUCUCUCCCUCUCUCUCCCCUCACAUUAUUCAUCUCCCUCUCCCCCACCCCUCUCUCUAUCAGUGCUGGGUGAGGGUGAUGUGGAGGGGGAUGGUUAUGAGACAGACCACCAGGACUACUGUGAGGUGUGCCAGCAGGGAGGGGAGAUCAUUCUGUGUGACACCUGUCCCAGGGCCUACCACCUGGUCUGUCUGGAGCCUGAGCUGGAGAAGGCCCCCAAGGGCAAGUGGAGCUGCCCCCAUUGUGUGAGUUACUGUAUUGCUCAAAAUGGGUGGUAGUCUUCAUGUCUACGAUUGAUUUAUAUUAUUGUAUGGAAUAAUGUAUUACCAUUUCGCACCAUAUACACACUAUUCCUUUAAGUGCUCCUCCACCUAUUAAUUCUCCAUGGUCUCGUUCUCCUCUCCUCUUCUCCUCUCCUGCAGGAGAAAGAGGGGAUCCAGUGGGAAGCGAAGGAUGAGGACUUUGAGGAGUUUGAGGAGGAGAGUGAGGACAUUGUGGUACCAGAAGUACCUGGGGUUGGCUUGCUGGUAGGACUAGAGGAAGAGGAGGAUGAGCACAUGGAGUUCUGCAGGGUCUGUAAGGAUGGGGGGGAGCUAUUAUGCUGCGACACCUGUCCCUCCUCCUACCACAUCCACUGCCUCAACCCGCCCCUGCCUGAGAUCCCCAACGGAGAGUGGCUGUGUCCGCGCUGCACUGUAAGUCAUGUUUGUUUGUUUCCACUUUUUGUGGAACGCUUUGAUUCUAUUCUAUCCUUCAUUUUUGCCUUCUUCCCCCAGUGUCCUGCCAUCAAGGGCAGGGUACAGAGGAUCCUCCACUGGCGAUGGGGCGAGCCCCCCGAUCCUGUACCCGUGCCCCCCGCCCCCGAUACCCCUCCUGAUGCUCCCCCGCCGCCCCCCAUGAAGGGCAGAGCUGAGAGGGAGUUCUUUGUCAAGCUGACCGGACAGUCCUACUGGCACUGCACCUGGAUCACUGAACUACAGGUGAGAGAGGGAGGGAGGGAGAGGCUGAGAAAGAGAGUGAAACAGUUGGAGAAGAGGCUGAUGAAACAAUAUGAAAAACGGAGACGCUUGGCAUGCAAGUGUGUCUACCACCUUACUGUCUUGCCUUCCUUGUUUUCAUUGAACAAAUUCUCUCUAUUCCUCUCGACUUUUUCAUCCCUCAAUCCGUCUAGCUGGAGAUCUUCCACUCGGUGAUGUUCCGUAACUACCAGAGGAAGACAGAUAUGGAUGAGCCUCCCAGUCUGGACUAUGGGUCAGGGGGAGAGGAGGAGAGUGUUAAGAGUGAGAAGAGAAGACUUAAAGAUCCAGACUAUGCUGCCCUGGAUGACAAGUUCUAUAAAUACGGCAUCAAGCCUGAAUGGAUGAUGGUCCACCGCAUCAUCAACCACAGGUAUGUGUGUGUGUGUGUGGGGGGGGUUAUUGAUUGGUAUGUCUGCAGUUCAGGCCGUAAUGUGUGUGUUUUUCCCAGUGUGGACAAGAAGGGGAUAUACCACUACCUGGUCAAGUGGAGAGACCUGACCUACGACCAGUGCACAUGGGAGAGAGACAAUCUGGAGAUGCCAGAGUUUGUCAUCCACAGGGCCAACUACUGGGCACACAGGUACUGGACUACUGUACUGGCCAACUGGCAUCCAUGUUGGCACCAAACACUAAAACAUUCAAACUCUCUUUGUAUUUAUAGAGUCAAUAUGGCAACCGUGGAAGUUAAUCUCAAACCAAGUUUGCCCAACUCUGUAGGCUAUUGUAUAUGGUUCUAGAACACUGGAUUUUUGAUAGGUUGAUUGAUAGGUUGAUUGAUUGAUUCAGGGAUGAGGUGAUGAAGGAGGCCCCAGACAUGCCGAGGAGGAUGAGGAGCAUGAGGAUGGAGGAGAGCGAAGACCCCCACAGAUCACCUGUCAACGACGUGAGUUCUGAUUGGCUCAUUCACUCUGUAACAGCCACAUCUAUUGGUCGUCAUUCCGGUAGCCAAUCAACUAAGACUUCCAAGUCAAAACUCCAGUAUCCUUCUUUACUUGUAUGUCAAUUAUAUGAUCUCCUUUUUUUCCCCUUACAUCACCAUCCCUCCUCCACUUUCCUUGUGUUUACCUUCCAGCCUACGAUAAAGUACGAGGAGCAGCCGGACUUUGUGACGGCGACGGGGGGCACUCUGCACCUGUACCAGCUGGAGGGGCUCAACUGGCUGCGUUUCAGCUGGGCACAGGGCACUGACACCAUCCUGGCAGACGAGAUGGGGCUGGGCAAGACCAUCCAGACCAUCGUCUUCCUCUACUCACUCUUCAAAGAGGUAGGACGGCACCGUUGGGAACUCUGUGUACUAUGUACACCUGUAUUUUGUAUUGCCUGUGCUUCUAGUCCCUUCUAGUUCUUGCCAGGGCUUCUAGUCUCAUGUGGCUCAGUUGGUAGGGCAUGGCGCUUGCAACGCCAGGGUUGUGGGUUCGAUUCCCAUGGGGGACCAGUACGAAAAAGGUAUGAAAAUGUAUGCACUCACUACUGUAAGUCUCUCUGGAUAAGAGUGUCUGCUAAAUGACUAAAAUGUAAAUUCUAAUGUGCAAGGCAAAUUCCUUCAUGAGGGGUAAUAACGCAUUCUGUUCUAUUCUAUGUAUUAUCAAUGGGUCUUUCUGCAUCACAGUUACUGUUGUAAAUAUGGUUCUUUCCUUCCCCCCUACCAAGGGCCAUACCCGGGGCCCGUUCCUGGUGAGCGCCCCCCUCUCCACCAUCAUUAACUGGGAGAGAGAGUUUGAGAUGUGGGCCCCAGACUUCUACGUGGUGACCUACACAGGGGACAAGGACAGCAGAGCCAUCAUCAGAGAGAACGAGCUGACCUUCGACGACACAGUAGCUAGAGGAGGGAAGAAAGCCUUCAAACUGAGGGUGAGGAAGGAGGGGACGGAGGGAGGGGAGGAAGGACAAGGCUAAUAGAAAGAGAUGAGAGAAAGGUCUGACCUAUGUGUCCUUUGAUGACGACCUCAACUAAUCUCUGCAUCUCCUUCCCCCCAUCCUCCUUCCCUGUCUCUCCCAAUACAAUCUCAAUUCUUCUCCCCCAUACACCUCUCGAUCUCCCUCCCUCCCUCUCUUUCUCUCUUCUCCAGAGAGAAGCCCCUAUAAAGUUCCAUGUCCUGUUGACCUCCUAUGAGCUGGUGACGAUAGACCAGACCUCCCUGAAGUCUAUAGACUGGGCCUGUCUAGUGGUGGACGAGGCUCACCGCCUCAAGAACAAUCAGAGCAAGGUUGGCUGCCACUGUUUGUGUGUGUGUGUGUGUGUGUGUGUGUGUGUGUGUGUGUGUGUGUGAAUUUCCUCUUGAAAGACAAGAAAAGUCAUAAAUCAAUCAAUCAUGUCAUUAAUCAAUCAAUCAAUGUAUUAUUGCCUGCGCUUUCUCUCCUCUCCCUGGUCAGUUCUUCAGACGUCUGAAUGACUAUAAGAUUGACCACAAGCUGCUGCUGACUGGUACUCCUCUACAGAACAACCUGGAGGAGCUGUUCCACCUGCUCAACUUCCUCACUCCCAACCGCUUCAAGUAGGGCCAGCCUCACACACACAUCUUCACCCAUAGAAUCACACACACAUAACAUGUACUUAUAGACUGAUACACACUUGGACGUGCUGUAUGUAUAGAUGCACACACUCAUAUAAACACGCAAACAAACAUAAACAGUCCCACAUCUCUACUUCUACCUACAUGUUUUCAACCAAAAUGUCCCCCACUCACCUGACGUCCUUUCUUUCCCCCUGCCCCCUCCCAUCCUCUCUCUGUAGUAACCUGGAGGGGUUCCUGGAGGAGUUUGCAGACAUCUCCAAGGAGGACCAGAUCCAGAAACUCCAUGACCUGCUGGGGCCCCCACAUGUUGAGGAGGCUGAAGGCUGACGUCUUCAAGAACAUGCCGGCCAAGACAGAGCUCAUCGUACGAGUGGAACUCAGCCCCAUGCAGAAGUAAGGGAUGGAGAGAUGGAGAGAUGGAAAAAGAGAGCGAGAGGGGGAGUAUUUGACCAGUUAAUCAUAAAAACAAUCACACACUAACUGUGUCAUUCUCGAUUGAUGUAUUAUAACAGGAAAUACUACAAGUUGAUUUUGACAAAGAACUUUGAGGCUCUGAACUCUAGAGGAGGUAACCAGGUGUCUCUACUCAACAUCAUGAUGGACCUGAAGAAGUGUGCCAACCACCCCUACCUCUUCCCUGUCGCCUCCAUGGUAACUAUCAUCAUAAUUAUAUAUUAACUUAUGUUACAGGAAUAUCAACAUUUUCCACUGUAAGACAGUAAUUCACCUCUGAAAUGCAGUACAGUGACACCUUCUGGUAGGUUUGAGUAUUAUAGAUACAAAUGUAUCCAGCCUAUUACAGUUUAUUACAGUCCAGGGGGAAAAGUCUAGCAAUAUAUAUGGUCAUGGUGUGUUCUCUUUACCGUGGUAUUAGGAAGCCCGUAAGACUGCAAGCGGAGCGUACGAGGGCACGGACCUCACAAAGGCUUCUGGGAAACUGACUCUUCUGCAGAAGAUGAUGAGGAAACUGAAGGACCAAGGACACCGCGUGCUGGUCUUCUCACAGGUUGGUACACACACACACACACACACACACACACACACACACACACACACACACACACACACGCAUGCACUGUUAGCACUUCCGUAACCAUUUCUCUGUUCUCUCUCUCUCUCUCCUCCCCCUUUCUCCUCUCUCUCUGGUAGAUGACUAAGAUGUUGGACCUGUUGGAGGACUUCCUGGACUUUGAGGGUUAUAAGUACGAGAGGAUCGAUGGAGGAAUCACAGGAGCGCUCAGACAGGAGGCCAUAGACAGGUUCAAUGGUGAGGCAGACACUCAUAGUCUAAGGGCUCUAGAAACAAAAGCCGAGCUUGUAGAUGAAAGGGGCCUUUUCAGUUUCUUGUGAGAUUUGGGUGAGUGUAAUACAACCCCCCCCCCCCCCCCCCCCCUCCCUCUGUCUCUCUCAGCUCCUGGUGCUCCUCAGUUCUGUUUCCUGCUGUCCACCAGGGCAGGGGGUCUGGGUAUUAACCUGGCUACAGCUGACACCGUCAUCAUCUUCGACUCAGACUGGAACCCCCACAAUGACAUCCAGGUAGAAUGUCUGCCAUUCUAUAGCCCACAAUGUACUCAGAUCUGCCAUGAAUCUACAUGAAAUGUUGAAAUAAUGUCCAUCAAUAGAAAUAAGUCUUGACAGCAUUCUUGUAUCAAAUCAAGUCAUGUUUAUUUGUCGUAUGCACAGGAUACACAUGUACAAUGAAAUGCUUACUUGCAGGUUCCCUCUCGACAAUGUGACAACAAUAAGAAAUAAUAAAAAUAUUUCUAAAAGCUUGUAUGGUUUUUUACCCCUUAUUUCAUCAUUUCUUUUUUUCUCUUCUCUACCCCUCUCUGUCUCACUCCUCCUCUCCUUCUUUCAUUCUCCCUUGUCCCAACCUGCUGUCUCCCUCUUCCCUCCCCCUCUACCCUCCCUCCCCCACAGGCGUUCAGUCGCGCCCACCGCAUCGGGCAGGCCAACAAGGUGAUGAUAUAUCGCUUCGUGACCCGUGCCAGUGUGGAGGAGCGCAUCACCCAGGUGGCCAAAAGGAAGAUGAUGUUGACCCACCUGGUGGUACGGCCCGGCCUGGGCUCCAAGGCGGGAUCCAUGUCCAAACAGGAACUGGACGACAUCCUCAAGUUCGGCACUGAGGAGCUGUUCAAGGACGAGAUCGAAUGUGAGUUAUUGUCAAGCAUUUUGUGGUACCUGUUGAUGUGAAGUAGAUUUGAUUGAUGACUGAUUGUGAGGGAUGGGAGGAGUAUAGGAGGAGAGCAGGAGGAGGAUGGAGGGAUUUCAGAUGGAAAUAUGUGAGGAUAGGAGGUGGAGACCUCGUUGCUUUUAUUUUGGGUAUAUGUCAGAGAUUUGGAAAAACUCUGUAAUAUGAGCGGUUCGUUAGGGACUAAACUAGCUUUUUUUGGGGUUGUUACAUACAUCUGUAUAUAGAAUGAUUUUUGUCACAUCCUCAUCUUUGUUUCACCACCGUUUCCUAUUCCCCCAAAGUCCUCUCACCACCACGUAUGUCCACCCUCUCUCCCCUACGGUGUCCAGCGGGGGACAACAGGGACGAUGAGGGCAGUGUGAUCCACUACGACAGCUCGGCCAUCGAGAGGCUGCUGGACCGGAGCCAGGACGCUACGGACGACACAGACAUGCAGAACAUGAACGAAUACCUGAGCUCCUUCAAAGUGGCCCGCUACAUGGUCAGAGAGGAGGAUAAGGUGAGAGAGGGUGGGAGGGAUGGAGAGAGCGGGUUAGAGAGAGAGAGAAGUGAUAACAUUACUGUUUCAGAUUGUAACUUUUUGUAUGCUUGCAUCUAUACAAAAAUAUUAUAUAGCACGUUGGUGUAUUUGUGUUCCUUUAAUGUUGAUCUAAACUGUUAACACUUUCCAUUGAACUAUAGAAGAGUUUAUAAGUAGAUUAUACCACAUUGGUUGUAUGUAAACUGUUCUUCCAUGUUCUUGCAUGUGUGUAUCCAGAUUGAGGAGGUGGAGCGUGAGAUCAUUAAGCAGGAGGAGUGUGUGGACCCAGAAUACUGGGAGAAGCUGCUGAGACACCACUAUGAGCAGCAGCAGGAGGACCUGGCCAGUAAACUGGGCAAGGGCAAGAGGAACCGCAAGCCUGUCAACUACAACGACGCAGCACAGGAGGACCAAGGUAGGUAGUUGGUAACCAUCAGUCGUGGUUGUCACAGAGAUGGAUGUAGGCGUUGUUAGUUGUUACUAGCAUGCAUCACUAUGGCAACCUGGGGGCAUUCUGAAUAAACUUUUUUGUUGAUAAAAUACGUGUUAGACUUCUCCUACUUUGUGUCUUGUCUAUAUAUUGGUUCAUUCAUGGUUGAUAAAAAAAACUUGUGCUCUUUGAUAGAUUUAGAUCAUUUCAUACAUGGUCUCUGUGCAAUACGUUAGGUAAUGCUAAAGUAAUGCUAAAGUAAUGCUAAAAGAAUGCUAAAGUAAUGCUAAAGUUUUGCUAAAGUUUUGCUAGUAGUAGCUGCAUGGGGAUACUGGGCCUAGCCUAUUGACGGUACACCAUGUGCUGUUUCAGAGUGGCAUGCUGGUAUUUCAGAUAACCAGUCCGAGUACUCUGUGGGCUCCGAGGAGGAGGAUGAAGACUUCGACGAGAGGCCAGAAGGUAGGCCUAAGUACAGAAGGCACAACACAUUUGGAAUGAAGCCUUCUCUGUUGAAUGCGUUGUGAUAGAUAGGUUAUUUUAUUCUCAACUUAGUGAAUAGAUUUUAAAGGAGAGACUAGAUUGAUAUUAUGUCUACUUUAUUAGUACCCGUGCUUGACUUGGGCAGGAGCUCAGCGGAGCUUGAAUAUUAGCUCCAAAGUAUUGUGGAGCUACUGCACCUAAAUAGUGGUCCUCUGUAGCUCAGCUGGUAGAGCACGGCGCUUGUAACGCCAAGGUAGUGGGUUCGAUCCCCGGGACCACCCAUACACAAAAAUUUAUGCACGCAUGACUGUAAGUCGCUUUGGAUAAAAGCGUCUGCUAAAUGGCAUAUUAUUAUAAAUACUGUAUAAACAGUACCGGCACCCAAAAUGAGUACCGGAAACCUAUUUCAGUCCAAGUCAACUACAUUUACAUUACAUUUACAUUUACGUCAUUUAGCAGACGCUCUUAUCCAGAGCGAUUUACAAAUUGGUGCAUUCACCUUAUAGCCAGUGGGACAACCACUUUACAGUUCCCGCUGGGCUGAGCGGGAACUGUGCUUCAGCAGAGGUAGGGGAGCCAGCAGGCCAGAGGUGGAUGAACGCAAUGCCCUCGUUUGGGUGUAGGGACUGGUCAGAGCCUGAAGGUACGGAGGUGCCGUUCCCCUCACAGCUCCGUAGGCAAGCACCAUGGUCUUGUAGCAGAUGCGAGCUUCAACUGGAAGCCAGUGUAGUGUGCGGAGGAGCGGGGUGACGUGAGAGAACUUGGGAAGGUUGAACACCAGACGGGCUGCGGCAUUCUGGAUGAGUUGUAGGGGUUUAAUGGCACAGGCAGGGAGCCCAGCCAACAGCGAGUUGCAGUAAUCCAGACGGGAGAUGACAAGUGCCUGGAUUAGGACCUGUGCCGCUUUUGUGUAAAAGGCAGGGUCGUGACUAUCAUAAGUUACACGCUGGUUACCCACACCCACUCUAAGGAAGAGACAGAGGGGAGAGGGGAGAGGGAGAGAGCGCGGAGAGCGAAGAGAGAGAGGAGAGAGAGCGAGAGAGAGAAGAGAGAGAGAGAGAGAGAGAGAGAGAGAGAGAGGACGAUUGGCGAUGAUGAGAUAAGCACACAGCGAGUGGAGAGAGAUAUUAGAGAGGAGGAGAGGAGGUAGAGUAGAGAGAGAAUCCGAGAGAGUAGCAGAGAGAGCGUAUAGAGCGAUAGCUUUAGUAUAGGAGUCUCGGAUAGAUAGGAGCUCUCUCUCUAUCUCUAUCUCUCUUCGCUCUCUCUUCUCUCUCUCUCUCUCUCUCUCUCUCUCUCUCUCUUCUCUCUCUCCCUCCCUCCAGGUUCUCGCAGACAGUCUCGCCGCCAGAUGAGGAAUGAGAGAGACAAGCCGCUGCCCCCCCUGUUGGCCAGAGUGGCCGGCAACCUGGAGGUUAGACACAAUAACCUGCUGUUCUUGCUGACAUUUAUGAAUGCUGUAUAUGGGUUAUGAAUGUGUUAUGAAGUCCUUAUGUAGGUACCCUUCACCUGGACACCAAUCUCUCGCUGUCCCCCUUCUUAUGGCUUAUGAACUGCAUAUGAAUGCAAUGUGUAUGGGUUAUAAUGUCCUUAUGUCCUCUCUCCCCUCUACCCCUCUAGGUGUUGGGCUUCAACACACGCCAGCGGAAGGCCUUCCUAAACGCGGUGAUGCGUUGGGGCAUGCCCGCCCAGGAUGCCUUCUCCUGCCAGUGGCUGGUCAGAGACCUGAGGGGCAAGAGUGAGAAGGAGUUCAAGUGAGUGGAGAGGGACUGUGAUUGUUUGCGUCAUAGGCUACAGUAUGCGCUUACACUAAGAUCUUCAUACUACAAUGUAGUUGCUGGUCUGGUCCCUCUCUGUUUGCUGUUUUCUCAACCUUUUUCUCUCUCCCCCCUCCCCUUUUUCUGCUCUCCUACUGCCUCUCUCUUUGUCUGGUUCUCUCUCUCCCUCACUUCUCUCCUCUUUUGUGUCACUCUCUUUCCCCUCUCCUCUCCUCUCUCUCUUUCAGGGCGUAUGUGUCUCUGUUCAUGCGUCACCUGUGUGAGCCCGUGGCCGACGGCGCCGAGACGUUUGCCGACGGCGUGCCGAGGGAGGGCCUGUGCCGUCAGCCCGUGCUGACCCGCAUCGGGGUCAUGUCCCUGGUCAAGAAGAAGGUCAGGGGUCAAAGUGUAUCCUAGCAACCAUAAUGCUAAGCUAACAGGCUAGCUAGCUAGCUACAUUUCAACCAAUAGCAACUGUCGUUUUUUUUAGCACAUCUGUCAACCAUUCAGACCUAUCAGACCAGAAUCUAUCAAAGGAAAUCAUAUAAGGACAUUUUUUUUCCAGGCUGUGACUUCCUCGUGACAUAAAGAUACAUCAAUGAAUAGACACAGAAAUUAGGGCCCAUUUCUUCCCAGGGACAGAGACUGUUGGCUAGAAUAGAAUUAGAACAGUACAGAACAGAACAGUAUAGGACAGUACAGCACAGAACAGUAUAGGACAGCACAGAACAGUAUAGGACAGUACAGAACAGUAUAGGACAGUAUAGUACAGAACAGAACAGUAUAGGACAGUAUAGGACAGUACAGAACAGUAUAGGACAGUACAGCACAGAACAGUACAGAACAGUAUAGGACAGUACAGAACAGAACAGUAUAGGACAGUACAGCACAGAACAGUAUAGGACAGUACAGAACAGUACAGAACAGUACAGAACAGUAUAGGACAGUAUAGAACAGUACAGUAUAGUACAGUACAGAACAGUAUAGGACAGUAUAGAACAGUACAGUAUAGUACAGUACAGAACAGUAUAGGACAGUAUAGAACAGUACAGAACAGUACAGAACAGUAUAGGACAGUAUAGAACAGUACAGGAUAGGACAGUACAGUACAGAACAUGCAGAACAGAACAGUACAGUACAGAACAUGCAGAACAGAACAGUACAGUACAGAACAUGCAGAACAGAACAGUACAGUACAGAACAUGCAGACCAGAACAGAACAGUACAGAACAGUACAGAACAGACUAAGUCGCUUUGGAUAAAAGCGUCUGCUAAAUGGCAUAUUAUUAAUAUUAUUAUUAACAGUACAGAACAGUACAGUACAGAAUAGAAUACUUUAUAGCCAGUCAACAAUGAUUGACAGCUGCUUGGUCCUGUCACUGAACCGCAUCCCCUCCCCUCCUCUCUCCACCUCAGAUCCAGGAGUUUGAGCACAUCAACGGGCGGUGGAGUCUCCCAGAGCUGAAGCCAGAGAUGAAGCCUGAGGCUCUGAGACCAGAGGUCAGUGUGUCUUCUUCCUCCAGAGCCUCCUCCCCUGGAGGGACCAUGAAGACUGCCACGCCCACCCCUGACCCCAGCUGUACCUCAGACAACACCCCCUGCACCUCUAAACCAGGUGGGUGAACAAAGACACAUGUACACACACACACACACACACACACAGGCAGGCACGCAGCUCAAAACAUAUCCAGCAGAGGGCACUCCAAGUCUGACUGUGAUAACUUGUGUGUGUGUGUGUGUGUGUGUGUGUGUAAAAUGUGAGUGUGUGUGUGUAAUAUGUGAGUGUGUAUGUGUGUGUGUAAUAUGUGUGUGUGUGAGCGAGAGAUGACCCUCUGCCUGUGUGUUGUGGUCAGCUACCCCUGCUCCCUCAGAGAAACUAGAGAAGAACGGAAAAGAUGGAGAGGAGGGAGAGAAGGAGGAGGGUAAGGCCCCGUCUGAGCCAGAGAAAAAUGGAGAGAAGGAGGAGGAAGGGGGUAAAGAGGUAGAGAGCAACAGGAGUGCAGAUCCUGAAGAGGUGAGAGAUUGAAUGUUAUUAAUUACACAGUUCACAGUCUUAAUAAAUCUUGCUAACCUACGUACAGUUAUACCAACAACUGUCACUGAACACUAUGUUUUGUCUUGUCCACAGCCUCCAAUCCCUACGAAGGAAGCUCCACAAGAAUUAUCCCCUAGUACAACAACAGACAAGGAAGAGAGUGGUACAAAAGAGGAGGAGUGGAAAGAAACAAAAACGACUGACACGCCUCCGGCCCCAGUGGAGGAGAAGAAAGAGGAAGAGGAGAGUACGGAGGGCACACCGGGAGAAACAACUAAACAAGGGUCGGAGGUCAAAGAUGAGAAACCAGGUAGUGUAACGCUCUCGCCUGGAGAGAAGGAGGAGGAGAAGGAGAAGGGAAGAGAGACGGAGAAGAGCGAGGAAGCCCCUGUCGCCACAGAAGCGUCAGACAACAAGGAAAAGAUGGACAGACAGCAACCCUCUGACGUGAUGAAAGGUGAGUGACCUCACCUGUCUGUCCAUCCGUCCAUCCAUCUGUACCUGUCUGUUAGUUAGUCAGUUAGUUAGUGACUCACUAAGUAAAUGUACACUCUUAGGUAUAUUUCAGUGGCAUCCACUGAUCUAAAGGAACUUGCUUGUGUUUGUCUUGCUCACAGAGGAAGUAAAAGGUGAAAAGGAUGCUGGGAAAGAAGUGGCGAAGGAGGAGGUUGCCAAAGACACCUUGCCGAGACCCCCCAUCAUCCCCCCCGAGCGACGGCGCUUCAUGUUCAACAUCGCUGACGGGGGCUUCACGGGUAAAUUACCCCUCUCAUUUGACCCCUGUCAUAUCUGGUACUGUGUGUUAGAGCUGUGGCAGAACUCACUCUGUAUCAAGGGUUGUUUCAACAUUAAUUCAACGUUAUGUUGAUGUUCCCACACACUGAUCUCCACACACAGUGAUUCAGUAUCGUGGGUUGUUUUAACAUGAGUGUUUUAACAUUGACACAACAUGGUCCAGAACACCCUCAGUCAGUAUCACAGGUUGUUGUUAUAACAUUGAUACAAUAUUAUAUUGACUUUCCCCUGCAGAGAUGCACACACUGUGACAGAAAACACAGGUUGUUCAUUUAACAUUAAAACAACAUUAUGUUGACGUUAUAACAUUGACCCUACAUUAUGCUGACGUUUCACCCUGCAGAGCUGCACACGCUGUGGCAGAACUCACAGGUUGUUUUAACAUUGUUAUAACAUUGACCCUACAUUAUGCUGACAUUUCACCCUGCAGAGCUGCAUACGCUGUGGCAGAAUGAGGAGCGGGCGGCCAUCUCCUCUGGGAAGAUGAAUGAGAUCUGGCACCGGCGGCACGACUUCUGGCUGCUGGCGGGAAUCGUUCUGUAUCCUUGACGGCGGUUGCCAAGGAGACUGUCUUGUGGUGUUUAUUUAUCGAUCUUGCUGCGACAGUGGCUUCUUGUUAGACGUCAACAAGUCCACCCACUGAUGCCUUUGUGUAGCAGAGAAGUAUUAGAUUGUGUCUGCAGAGAUCUGCACACGGAAUAGAGAUUGGAAGUCCAUUCUGUUUGUUCUAUGUCUUUCACUAGAAUGCCCCCUAACACAAGAAACACAAUAAUGAUCUGAAAGAAUUCGAUAGGAAUAAGCUUGAUGAUGAUAGCCCUAUUCAUAGGCUUGGUAGAAGUUGUUCUAAAAUACUAAAUACUACUGACAGGCUAGAUGUUGGUUUGGGAUUGGCCAAUUAUGUAUUGAGCUGUAUGACCCUUGACCUCUACGUAUCAGUCAUGGGUACGCGAGGUGGCAGGACAUCCAGAACGACCCCCAGUUCGCCAUUGUCAACGAGCCCUUCAAGUCGCAGGCCAACAAGGGCAACUUCCUGGAAAUGAAGAACAAGUUCCUGGCCCGCCGCUUCAAGGUACGACAACACAUGGUGUGACAUAAAAUGACAUAGUAUGACAUAACCUGACAUGACAUAGCAUGACAUGACAUACAGUGAGGGAAAAAAGUAUUUGAUCCCCUGCUGAUUUUGUACGUUUGCCCACUGAUAAUUUUAAUGGUAGGUUUAUUUGAACAGUGAGACAGAAUAACAACAAAACAAUCCAGAAAAUGCAUGUCAAAAAUGUUAUAAAUUGAUUUGCAUUUUAAUGAGGGAAAUAAGUAUUUGACCCUCUCUCAAUCAGAAAGAUUUCUGGCUCCCAGGUGUCUUUUAUACAGGUAACAAGCUGAGAUUAGGAGCACACUCUUAAAGGGAGUGCUCCUACUCUCAGCUUGUUACCUGUAUAAAAGACACCUGUCCACAGAAGCAACCAAUCAAUCAGAUUCCAAACUCUCCACCAUGGCUAAGACCAAAAAGCUCUCUAAGGAUGUCAGGGACAAGAUUGUAGACCUACACAAGGCUGGAAUGGGCUACAAGACCAUCGCCAAGCAGAUUGGUGAGAAGGUGACAACAGUUGGUGUGAUUAUUCGCAAAUGGAAGAAACACAAAAGAACUGUCAAUCUCCCUCGGCCUGGGGCUCCAUGCAAGAUCUCACCUCGUGGAGUUGCAAUGAUCAUGAGAACGGUGAGGAAUCAGCACAGAACUACACGGGAGGAUCUUGUCAAUGAUCUCAAGGCAGCUGGGACCAUAGUCACCAAGAAAACAAUUGGUAACACACUACGCCGUGAAGGACUGAAAUCCUGCAGCGCCCUCAAGGUCCCCCUACUCAAGAAAGCACAUAUACAGGCCCGUCUGAAGUUUGCCAACGAACAUCUGAAUGAUUCAGAGGAGAACUGGGUGAAAGUGUUGUGGUCAGAUGAGACCAAAAUGGAGUUCUUUGGCAUCAACUUAACUCGCCGUGUUUGGAGGAGGAGGAAUGCUGCCUAUGACCCCAAGAACACCAUCCCCACCUGUCAAACAUGGAGGUGGAAACAUUAUGCUUUGGGGGUGUUUUUCUGCUAAUGGGACAGGACAACUUCACCGCAUCAAAGGGACGAUGGACGGGGCCAUGUACCGUCAAAUCUUGGGUGAGAGCCUCCUUCCCUCAGACAGGGCAUUGAAAAUGGGUCGUGGAUGGGUAUUCCAGCAUGACAAUGACCCAAAACAUACGGCCAAGGCAACAAAGGAGUGGCUCAAGAAGAAGCACAUUAAGGUCCUGGAGUGGCCUAGCCAGUCUCCAGACCUUAAUCCCAUAGAAAAUCUAUGGGAGCUGAAGGUUCGAGUUGCCAAACAUCAGCCUCGAAACCUUAAUGACUUGGAGAAGAUCUGCAAAGAGGAGUGGGACAAAAUCCCUCCUGAGAUGUGUGCAAACCUGGUGGCCAACUACAAGAAACGUCUGACCUCUGUGAUUGCCAACAAGGGUUUUGCCACCAAGUACUAAGUCAUGUUUUGCAGAGGGGUCAAAUACUUAUUUCACUCAUUAAAAUGCAAAUACAUUUAUAACAUUUUUGACAUGAUUUUUUCUGGAUUUUUGUUUUGUUAUUCUGUCUCUCACUGUUCAAAUAAAACUACCGUUAAAAUUAUAGACUGAUCAUUUCUUUGUCAGUGGGCAAACGUACAAAAUCAGCAGGGGAUCAAAUACUUUUUUCCCUCACUGUAGCAUAGCAAUAUAGCAUGGCAUAGCAUACAUAGCGUAGCAUAACUAAAAGGCCAGGAAACACUCUGGGCCCUACACAUCACAUGACAUACUAUAAGAUAACCAUCACAUAACUAUGACACAACACAACCAUGACACAGACAAGAUUAACACAAUUCAGGACAUACAGUGAGCUCCAAAUGUAUUGGGACAGACAUUUUGUUGGUGUUGUUUUGGCUCUGUACUCCAGCACAUUGGAUUUAAAAUGGUACAAUGUCAGCUUUAAUUUUAGCAUAUUUUCAUCCAUAUCGGGUGAACCGUUUAGAAAUUACAGCACUUUUUGUACAUAGUCCCCCCAUUUUAGUGGACCAAAUGUAUUGGGACAAAAUCACUUAUAUGUGUAUUAAGUAUUUGGUCCCAUAUUCCUAGCACGCAAUGACUACAUCAAGCUUGUGGCUCUACCAAUGUGAGAUACAAUUGCUGUUUGUUUUAGUUGUGUUUCAUACCACUUGUAGCUCAGUUGGUAGAGCAUGGCGUUUGCAACGCCAGGGUUGUGGGUUCGAUUCCCACGGGGGGCCAGUAUGAAAAUAAAAAAGAAUAAUGUAUGCACUAACUGUAAGUCGCUCUGGAUAAGAGCGUCUGCUAAAUGACGUAAAUGUAAAUACACAUAUAAGUGAAUUUGUCCCAAUACGUUUGGUCCCCUAAAAUGGGGGGACUAUGUACAGAAAGUGCUGUAAUUUCAAAACAGUUCACCCGAUAUGGAUGAAAAUACCCUCAAAUUAAAGCUGAUAGUCCGCACUUUAACCUUAUAGUCAUUGUAUCAUUACAAAUCCAAAGUGCUGAAGUACAGAGCCCCAAAAAAUUGGCACUGUCCCAAUACUUUUGGAGCUCACUGUAUUUAAGUAAAAUGUAAUACCUAAUAGAAAACAUCUGUUUGAAGGAUGAGAGACAGAUAUUGGGUUGACAGACAGAUACCAGGGUGGUAUUGCUGACCGGUGCAUUUGUGAAAUGGGACUCAUCCUGUUUUUGAUGGUCUCACAUGUUUCAUGCCCUGACCUCAACAUCCGCAUUCUCUCUCUCACGCAAUGACAGUGGCUAAAAUAACACUGUAAAUAUGAAUAUUUUCUCUAGAAUGUAUCCAGACAUCAUCUGUCUUUUUCUGACAAAUUCUUCUUCUUCUCAUGCAAUCCUCAAUUUCUGUUUAUCUCUCUCCUCUUUCUUACUAUUUUUCUCGAACAUCUUCCUCAUUACGAUUCAGAUAAAUUAAACUCAAUAAAACCUUCUUGCAAUGAAAUGUAGAACCUACUGUACAUGUUGGCCAGAUAUAUGUCAAGAAGCAGAAGAGUUUUAUGACGAUCCUUGAUGAAAGAACUGACUCACCCCCCCCCCUCUCUCCCCUUUCCCCCCUCCCUCUCCCCCCAGUUAUUAGAGCAGGCCCUGGUGAUCGAGGAGCAGCUGAGGAGGGCAGCCUACCUGAAUAUGACCCAGGACCCAGUCCACCCCGCCAUGGCCCUGAACGCCCGCUUCGCCGAGGUGGAGUGUUUGGCCGAGUCCCACCAGCACCUCAGCAAGGAGUCCUUGGCCGGGAACAAACCGGCCAACGCAGUGCUGCACAAGGGUGAGGGACACACACACAAACCUCAAAUCUCCCCCUUCUGUGUGUGUGUGGUGUGUGUCUGUACGCGUUUAUAUCAGAAAUAAGGAUAAAGAAACAAUCUCCCAGACUUUACCUCAAACCUAGUGGGAGACUGAUAGAGUAUGUAGUUGAUGGUUAAUACUAAUAAACCAAUAGCUGUUUGUAAUGGUUAACAGUAAUUGACUAAUCUAAUAGCUGCUUGGAAUGGUUAAUGGAAUGAAUUGACUGUUGAGUUGUUGUAAUGUCAGUGCUGAACCAGUUGGAGGAGCUGCUGAGUGACAUGAAGGCUGACGUGACGCGGCUCCCUGCCACACUGUCCCGGGUCCCGCCCAUCGCCGCACGCCUGCAGAUGUCAGAGAGAAGCAUCCUCAGCAGACUAGCCAGCAAGGGUACCGACACACACACACCCCCGGUGAGUAGACAGAGUACACACACACACAUACACACACAGUAACGCAAGCUCGCGCACACGCAUACACACAAACUACCUGUGAACACACACACACACACACACUCAGGCUUCUGAUUAUUCCUUUUGAUUUCGAUCGAUCAUCAAAUUGACAGUCUGUCCCCCCCUCCCUCCCUCUCCUCCAGACCAUCCCUCCAGGACCCUACGCCACUCCUCAGAACUUUGGACCCACCUUCACCCCCGUCCCCCCGGGAGUCUUACCCAUGGGAGGAGCCAACUACAGCCAGAUGCCCCCUGGAUCCUUCGUAUCAGGUCAGUGGCUACACUGUGUUGUAACACCCAUUCACUGAGAAGGGCUUUCCAAAACUACUAAUGAAUGAUUCACUGUUCCUAUCAGUUAGACGUGCUUUUCUGGGUUGCUACUCUGCAGCAGCUGCAUUUCUUGCCGAAAUCAUUCAUUUAUUAUCUGAUAAAGUCAACAAGUCACUAGAAAUCCUUAAUCAGGGAAGCUUUGGAAAAAAUGUGGUUUACGUGUGUGUGUGUGUGUGUGUGUACUUGUUCCAAGCGGAGAAGACAAAUCCAUUUAGCUUAAGCUGCAGUACCUAUGAGAGUAUGUAUUAUACUAGAUUAUAAACUGGAUGGUUCGAGCCCUGAAUGCUGAUUGGCUGACAGCCGUUGUAUAUCAGACCGGAUACCACAGGUAUGACAAAAUAUUUAUUUUUACUGCUCUAAUUACGUUGGUAACCAGUUUAUCAUAGCAAUAAGGCACCUCGGGGGUUUGUGGUAUAUGGCCAAUAUACCAUGGCUAAGGGCUGUAUCCAGGCACUCCGCGUUGCGUCGUGCAUAAGAACAGCCCUUAGCGUGGUAUAUUAGCCAAAUACCACACUCCCUCGUGCCUUAUUGCUUAAGUAUUCCACUAUAUUUGUGUUAAUGUAGACCUAAUAAGGUAUAGUUUAGAAUGCAUUGGCUUCUGGCUUUGGCAACUUGGACAGAUGGGUCAAAUCUGUUCCAGAUAUGAAUGAGGAAUGUAGCAUUUUUAUAUGGUCAUACAUUUUGUAGUGAGAUAUUUGCAUCUGUUGCUAUAUCGAUCAUUAUGGUGAGGUUAAUGCUUCUAGGCCUUUUCACACUGCAUUGUUCUUAGCCCCGGGCUAAGACUGGCCCUGGGCUAGCUUAUCCUGUGUUCACAUAAGCAUCUCUUAACCCUGGGCUAAGCUUUAACCCUGGGCUAAGGAUUCACACUUGUAUUCCAAAGCCCUGGGAUAAUGGACAAACACAACAAGCGACCAGCAUUCUGUUUCUGCCACGCAACCAAUUUUAUAAGCAAUAAGGCAUUUAUUAACACAUUCUUUUUCCUAUUGCUUCCAGCCUAGCAUUUUAUUUCCAACAGUGAUGGUUUGUAUAAACCUUGCUGUCUGCCUGUCCGACCUUCGGAAACAAUCUUUCACCCUUGAAAUGCGAUCUUAUAGAGAAUGCUGUGCAAGGAAGAUACAUCAACUUUUCUGAUCCAGGCAAAAUCAUGCAACAAUAUUAUUAUCAUGGAUAGCUAUAUACAAUUAAAUGUCAAUAGAAAACCUAUGAAAACAGAUGGAAAUGGAGCAUUUGCUGCCCUUCCAGCUGUAGAGUUUGUGGCUUCAGAGGCUAGCUAAAUAAAACCCACUGGGCACAGAUGUCAAUUCAACAUCUAUUCCACGUUGGUUCAAUGUAAUUUCAUUAAAAUAAUGUGGAAACAACAUUGAUUCAACCCAUGUGUGCCCAGUGGGAAGACGUUGGCCAGCCUGCAUAGCAACCAUUUUUGUUAGCCAUAGCAGCCAAUGUUUUUGCACGGAUUAAAGUAUAAUUUUUUGGGGUUUUUGUCCUCAGGUGGAAAGAUGAAAUAGUAUACAUUUACUUAUCAAAAUAGUGUGCAGAACGCAUCACAGGCAUCACAAGCAUAUGCAAAGUGCAGCUUUUGUGAUUGGACAGUGACAAUUCUAUGCGUUGUUCUUGACCCCGUUUCACACUGGCUAUUCUGGCACCGUGUUUCUGGGGCUAGCCCUGGGCUAAGGUUGGUGCUAGCCCACUUUAGAAUGUGCAUGUGUGAACACUUGAUUAGCCCUGGGCUAAAAUCUCUCUUAGCCCUGGGCUACUAAGGUGCCAUGUGAACGCGCCUAGAAGGCAGUGUGUAAUAAUCACCUGUUUUUUCUCAAAUGGUACUAUGGGAAUACUCCAUGGUUUAUAACAGCCUUCUAAGCACUAUUUACUGAAGAAAACUGAGUUGAGAAUAAACCCUGGCAAUGCCGGAGACACAUAGAUCAGUGAGAUCCACUUUGUCUCUGUUUUCAUUGCUGUUAGUGUUGACAGAUGGCCACCUGAAGUAGUCAGGUUCACAGCCAAUCACAAUCUCUGAUGUCAACAUUUUUUUAAAACUUUGGGGCGGAUCCCUCAGAACUGGAAUGAUGUCAUUCUAUUUCUAUGGUGAAUCCUAACUUCCACUUAAGUUGAACUUUCAAUGAGUCAUGCAUUGAUGUCAAUAUUGGGAGAUUUAAAAAGUCAACUUGGUGGAAGUAAGGAUUCUCCCUUUUAUCUUUUCAACUGUUAAAAACCUACAAACUGUUUUCUAUUAGCUAUUCUGAACAAAGCUUGCAAGAGUAUGAAGGUGUCCAGUACGUUGGAACCCCACAAACAAUUUUGGAAGAAUAUUUGCAGAUGUAGAUUUUUCCUCCUAAAGGUUUAUUCUACUCAUUAGCGUAAUUAAAAUAUUCUAAACUCUCCCUCUCAAACUCUCCACCUUUGUUUGGGGCUUAUUGUCCAGCUCCUUCAGCAUUUCUUAGUCUACUCCAACUGGCAACAAGAUAAUUUAUUUUCCCUCCAUUAGUUUGGCUACAGCAGAUGUUGACCAGAUACGUCUGCUCUGGAGUGUGUAACAGAAAUGUAACAGAUGCAGUGAAGAGAUAUUACAUCUUGCUACAUCUUGAGUUAUGUCAUUGCAGUGGGACCCAUCUGUCUGGGAGAUGCGUUUUUUCUUUUUCUGAAAAUGUGCAGUUAGUUCAUGUCGUACCGAGUCGCGGAGCCAAGAUGCAAUUCAGUCUCCAUGGACUUUGUACAAAGGUAUUUUAAGAGGACACCAAACCACACAGAAGUUGCUUGUGUAAACUCCUUGUUGUGACUUGUGAACCAGAACUCUCUGAGGCUUGGCUGAACUGAACGCUGGGCUGAACGCUGGUGUUCAGAAAUAGUCGCUAGAUCAAACGCUGUCUGUCUGUCCUCUGUGGGUGUUGAGUCUGAGUGGACAGUGCUGAGAUGAACGCUAAGCAGCUGAACACACAGACAGUCUGAACGAAUGAAUGCGUUCUCUGGGUAGAGCUAUAAAUAUUUGGUAUAUGGGGGUGCUUUGGGUUUGUUGUCUUGAUUAGGCUUGCUGUGGUUGAUGACCCCUUUUUAGAGUGAAGGAAGAGAGGGAGAGAGAGCGGGAGAGAGAGAGGGGGAGAGAGAGAGGGAGAGGGAGGGGGAGAGAGAGAGAGGGAGAGAGAGGGGAAGCGAGAGAGGGAGAGAGAGAGGGGAGAGAGAGAGAGAGAGGGAAAGAGAGAGGGAGAGGGGGAGAGAGAGGGGAGAGAGAGGGAGAGGAAAGGGGAGGGGAGAGAGGAAGAGGAGAGAGAAGAGCAGAGGGGGAGAGCGAGAGCAGGGGAGUGAUAGGAGUGGGGGAGAAAGAUGGGAGAGUGGGGAGAGAAGAGCGAGAGAGGAAGAAAGAGUGCGAGAGAGAGAGAGAGGAGGAGAGGAGCAGAGGGAGAGAGUGAGGAAAAACUGUGACUGGAAAAAACACUUUUGUGACCUCAUAAUAACCUGAUAAUAACAUCAAUUCAACAGUCUGGUCACCUCAUCCCAGUCCUGAGUACGCAAAGCUGCUACUGCCUCAAAAUAAACAACUUCUGUCUGCCCUGCUUCUUUUCUGACUGUCUAACUGUAGCUAACCUCGUGAACUCCAAGCAAAACGUAAUGACACAUUGGACUCAGUUCAUUUUUUGGUGCUUUUUCAACACACCUGAAUUGUGGAACACAAACUUUCAACAACAUUGACUGUCCCUCAAAAUGGGUUGCCCCUUUGGGAAGUGUAACAGUAAUGUUGUGGUUGUGGUUGUUUCCAUGACACCUCGAGGAAGCUGACCCUCAGUAGUGGAGUGUUGAGGGCCAGACUGCCUGAACUGCCUGAAGUGACUGACUGUCGCUCGUGUUGCCAUGGCAUUGCCGGGGUGUUGCCGUGGCGUUGACGUGGCGACCCCUACCUCUCCCUCCCAGUCCCACCCAGUCUCUACAGCUCUGCCGCUUGUCUGCCCCCACAGAAGCCCCAGAAGCCCCGGGUGGUGGCGGCGCCGGCUUCCUGAAGACCAAGGAGCACGACAUCAUGCAGCGGCAGCGCGUGGUCGACCUGUGGAAGGACGGCAAGUCGGAGGGGUCCAUCGGGCAAGAGCUGAGGAUGCCUAAGUCCACGGUGCACAGCAUCAUCGUCAAGUACCGCCUCAGUAACACCGUGGAGAACCUGCCCCGCAACGGACGGCCCAAGAAACCCUGA